AUGGAUUCAGUGGCUGAGAUCUCUGAUGCUAAGGACUAUCCAUUUGGUACAGUCACAGAGGCAAGACUAGUUAAGGACCCAAAUACUCUGAGGCCUCAAGGUUUUGGUUUCAUGACUUUUGGGUCUAUUACUGAGUCACACAAGGCAUUGCAAGCUAUGAAUGGAAGGAUAGUUGGUGGAAAGCUGAUUUUUGUGGAAGUUUCAAAAACUACAGGACCUGAAUGAGGACAAGGUUGCCUUGUGAAAUGCUUUCUUUAUCUAUUAGUUGUCUUUUGUCUCCACUAGUUUCUUUCUUGUGGGGAAACAGAUUCAUGUUAGUCAUGAAUUCGAAAUGACACUUGUAAAAAUAAAAUUCUGUUCUUCCCUUUUCUGAGUUCUCUCCUUCAGUUUUUUUGUUUUUAUAGAAUUUUUUUUAUUCUUAAUUAAUCCCUUCAUGUCAUCACAGUUGAGUUCUUUCCUUCUCUGAGUUCUCUGAAUUCUGUCCUCUUCUUCUUUCUAAUUUUUUGUUAAUUUUCAGUUGAAGCCAGAUUUCCUCUCCGCAAUGAGAGAAAAACUGCCCCUUUAAUAAAUUGUGGGAUUUGAUCUAAAUAGAUGGCCCCUGCCCUGAGCCUCCAUCCUCUUUUUUGUUUAUCAUACCCUCUAAAGAUUUUCACAGAAUUUUCAGAAGGUCUGUCAACAUGGAGCAACUUGAAGCUUUGUGUACUUCGUAGUAGAUCCCACUGUUGUAUGAUACUUACAUUGAAAUAUAGAUGUACUUCCUACAAAGCACAUCUUUAAUAAAAUACUCAAUGUUACAUAAUAUAUAACCAUGCAUACCAAACCUAUUUCCAGUAUAUAAUCUAUUAUGACUAGUAGAAACCAAACAAUUAUUGUUUAUAGCCCAUAAUCUAUUAUCAUAAUUGAUUAUUCAUAAAUACGUAAUAAACAUAAAUAUAAACUAAGCCAAAUAGAGCCUAGAUAAUUCUGUAUUUACUUAUGUUUAUAUUUUCAAACAACUCUUAUGCUUGCACACUCAUGGUUCAUGUAGUACAUAAGGCACCUUUUCAAAGAACACACUUUAAUACUACAUAUCAGAUUCUAGUACGGUCAAAGUAUUUAAAAUGGAUAAUGUGUAUUUCUUUUUAUUUCUCUUUCUCCUCCCUUAGGGAGGAAUAUGUAAUUCCCUAAAGUAUUGAUUAAAGUUAAUAUAGGUGAGAUGAGCAAUAAGCCCACUCACGUUUUGCUCUAAUUUUCUCUUCUCCUUCUCUCAUCUUCUCUCCUUCUUCUUCCUUCCUCUCUUCUCUCUUCUUCUCUCCUCUAACCCUAGUCUUCCUUAUUUCUAACUUGGUAUCAGAGCUUGUACAAGGGUUUGAGAGUCGAUCAAGCAUCCCGGUUCCAUUCAUUAAGUCUCUCUUGGAAUCCUAGAAGCAAAGGGGUCCUCAUUAGAGGCUAUACUAUGUAAGAAAAGUAUACAAGAAAACCUAAUGGAGUUCUAGAAUCCACUUGAAGAUAGUUGGAGGGAUCUUGAAGGACCACAAAGACCAUUUGAAGUCCAAACUGAGAAGAAGACUUUAUCCCAGGUUUACCGCCAACCAAUAUUUCUCUUCUCUGUUUCUCUCUCCUCCGACAUUGGUUGAGGAUGAAACCUUGCUGGAUAGGGUCGCCCAAGGGUCUUGUAUGAUCCCUCCAAACCUCAGUUGUUGAUUAGUUGUGAUGAAGGAGUACAACUCCAUCUACCACUUGCUGCCAGGUACCGUUUUUCCCCUGUUUUGGCUUGUUUCUGGCCUGCAAUAGCUGGUAGUGAGGUUGCUAGUUCCAUUUGUUAGAUGUGCUCUAUCCUAUGAUGCUUGUAUGUGAGUUUUAGAUGAAGCUCCACAGUUGGAAGUG